UAAGAUACUGAACAUUUAGGGAAAACUUACGAUUAAGCAGAAGGCGGAACAUUGAAGAAAUCCUCAAGAUGGCGCCGUUCACACCGUUUGUCCUGUGUAUCAUCCUGGCAGGUGCUAUGGCACAAUCGCCAUUCCGAAUCAUGACAGUGACAGUGCCGAGGCCGGAAGUGACGGCAAACACCGGAAGUGACAUCAAACUGCCCUGUUCCUACGACAUUCCGGCUGCCCGGUCCGGACUGAAUCCGACCAUCAAUUGGUACAAGGGGGAUGAAGGGAUCGCCAGCGCUACCAAGAUCUUCUCCCUCUCCUACCACGGCUCGACACAAAUAGCGGAGGCUUACGAGGGGUACGAGCUGCGGGUCGAACUGGAGAGUCUCACCGACCCCACCCUGAAACUCAGCGGCGUCAGGCCUUCCGAUCACGGUCGGUACUGGUGCGCGGUGUUCGACUCCGACGAGCACAACCAAUUCGGCAUGGACUCCAAGUCGGUUCUCCUCACAGUGAUAGACCCUAGCGUGCAGCAGGACCAGGGUACGGGCCGCCCGGGCCGUGUCGAGGUGCACGUGCCUGCUGUGCGGCAGGUGUACCAGGGGGAGGACGUGGAGCUCCCCUGCGAGUGCGAUGGGUGCCACUGGACCAGCAUCAAGACUUGGUUCACGGUGUCUUUAGCAGACACCUGGCAGGCACAGGAAACCAUCGCCACCGUGACUCAAUGUCAGGGUCAUCAGUGCUCUGAUGACAUCAACCCCGUCGUCCCUGAAUUCCAAGACCGAUUCUCCGUGGGCUCUGGGGGACUAAAGAUCUCGGCAACCAAGCGGCUGGACAAGCGCAGGUACUGGUGUCAGGUAGAAGACGGUACCUUCAACACUCGCGGCUCCGGAGUGGACGCUCAGUCCGUGGCUCUGGUCGUCGAGUCACGUUGUGCGGGGAAGCCGGCCGGGCGCUACCAGCACCCUGACGACUGCUCCAAGUACUACACCUGCGGGGAGGGCGGGCUGCAGUACGACGGCAUCAGUGCCUGUCCACCCGGCCUAAUGUACGACCAGGCCAACGGCUACUGCAACUGGGCCACGCUCGUCACCUGUCUGUAAGGGGACCGCUACCACCACCACAAUCACAACUUUGCAAAGUUGUGAUUGUCGUUUCAACUUCCAAUAAUACAGUAUUCAGUAAAACUAGUGUUUUGCUCCCUCGCUGGUAAGGCCGUGGUCUGAACUGAGCGGAAUGGGAGACAACUUCAGACUGUCAAAGGUUAACUUGAAAAUUAAAACAAUAUCUUGCAGCUUAAAAU